AUGAACCCCCCUCGAAUACCGCCCGUGAACGUCGGAAUCGAUGAACGAAAUUGGAUCGACAUCCUUCGUAAAAUUAAUAUCAUCAAAAACCAAGUCAAUUUCUUGGGACGCAUGCUCCUGAACAGGCAGGAGACUAUGCGACGCUGCAACCCUGAGAAUACCCAGAGGGUCAUGCAAGCGUUUGCCGACUCUCGACGCCCUGGAGACGUUGUUUUGCAGGCCCAGAAAACCAUCAGUUCACUCAUGACAGCCAUGACCGAAAGGGAAGCCGAUGCCCGGCCAAGAAUGUAUCAAUUGUUGAACAUGGCUCAGCAGUAUCGAGACCGACUGCAAGAAGAAGAACAAAGCUGCAACGACCUGAUGAACCGAUUUUUAAAGCAAAUGGAACAGGAUCAGACGUUUUAUGAUGCGGCAAAGCGGGAAGCUGACACGCUGCGACGUCAUAUUGACGACUUGGAGGGGGAGUUGCAGAGACUCGAACGGAUAAGGCAGGCCUUCGCUGCCUGA